ACACAAACCCCAAGAGAUAUUUUAAUGGGAAAAUUCGAGUGCCUUCUAGGCAAAGAUCAAAUCUUUUUUUCACAGUUAAUUAUUUUAUCCAUUACCAAAUUAAAUAUUUAUUAUUUUUAAAAAAGGAACAUGUGUAUAUAAGGAAGUGGUGUACAAGUUGUAGAAAGUAGAAAGGCGGUUUCAUUUGUUCACAACAUACGUUAUUUCAAUCGGAAUUUACAGCUGCGGCGCAAAUUAGGGCUUUAUUUCAAGGAAAAUGGCAUUGGGGAAAAGAUGUGGAAGUUACGGGUCGGGUCUAGUGAGAAGUACUUCAUUUGGGAGGAAGAGAGUUACAGUAGAUGUUGGUUUCAGUCCUACAACACAUAUGAAGAAAGUGUGCAGUCAUAAUUCGUUUUUUAAUUAUGAAAAGUCUCCACUUGAAGAGUUGCCUCAAGAUAUUUUGAUUAGGAUAUUGUGUGGAGUUGAGCAUGAUGAUUUGAAGAGUCUGUUUCGUGUAUCAAGGGCAAUUCGAGAGGCAAUUAUGAUUGCAAAAAAGUUGCAUUUUGAGUAUGCAACACCAAGAAAGACGCUUGGUUUCAAGAAUGCAAUAGAGGAUUUGGGCGAAUUCAAUGAUGUUGAAGCGCCAAAUGCUCCGAGACAAUUGAAAGUUCGAAAAUUGAAGUUAAGCAAAAAGAAAAUGGCUGAUAUUUCUGUUGCCUUGUUUACAUCAGAAGACGAUGAUAAUUGGCUGCAGAGAGAAUCAUAUAUGCAAAUGGAUGCUGUUUUUUAGAGGUAUUGGUGUUGUAGUAAUCAGAAGAUGUUUUUGAGCUGGAUUUGAUUUUAUCAAUCAGUAGAUUUUUAGGAGUCUUUAGUUAGGAGAAAUCUUUGCAAGUGCUAGUUCUUCAAUCCUUUCAUUGAAGAUGAUGGGGCUUGAUUUUUGUAUGGAGAAUUGAUUUUUGGAUUCUGUUUGAAGGGCUUUUUUUUUUGGCGCUUCUAAUUUCAUAAGAUUUACUAUAGGUUGUAUAUAGCAACUGUUGUAUCAUUUAGUAAAUUAAAUGAAGAUUGUCUUCCACUUUCAAUUAAA